CAGAAGCAAAAAUGUCUGUAAUAAUACGCCUUCAGGGCCUACCAUGGUCUGCAAGUGCCAUGAACAUUCGCCAUUUCUUCAGUGGACUCAGUAUACCAGCGGGUGGUGUUCAUAUCAUCGGUGGAGAUGGUGGUGAUGCCUUCAUUGCAUUUAGUUCUGAUGACGAUGCUAGAGUAGCCAUGAAGAAGAACUUGUGUCCUCUCAAUGGGACACCUGUCCAGCUGUUCUUGAGCAGUAAAGCAGAAAUGCAGAGUGUUAUCGAUGCUGCCCGCUCAGGUGGGUCCUCAGCUACUGCCACACCAGUUUUAAAUGCUGGCAGCUUGAAUAUUCCCCAAGCUCCAGCGUCUCAGCAGCCAAGGCAGUUCAACAACCUGGCUGGGGCAUAUCCAGUGGAUAACCAAAACAACAGCAACCUCUCUGCUCAACAGCAGCUCAGUGGUUUUAAUGCCGAUGUUGGAAAUCAGUUUGGCAAGAAUGAUUGGCCAGGGUUUUCUAUGUAUGGGGGUAGAGAAGAUCAGGGAGCUCAAGGCCAGUUUAACCUGCAAAACCAGAAAUCCGCACCGAAUGAGAAUUUUAUGGGAAUGCAAGGGAAUAUCAAUGCACGGGGAGGCUUCCCAUCUGCCCAGCAGCCUGCUAAAAUAUCUCCUGAGCCUCAGCCGCAGUUCCCAGACCCUAAAGCUAUCCUAGCAUCUAUUGGGUUAGGUGGGGCACCACAACAGAAUUCUGAAAUGCCUUCCAUGGGACAGUUGAAUUCAAUGAACCAGAAAUCAAAUAUGUUUAACGAUGCUAUGGGAUCAAUGCAAGGAAAUAUGUCAACAAAUCUAGGUGUCAAUCAAUCUGAAUCUUCCUCUGCUGCUCCGGGCAUGUUACCUGGUUUAGGAAGAGGCCAAGGUAAUUUUCCUGGUCAGAUGAUGCAUGGAUUAAACCGAGGUUUUAAUAACCAGGUACCAAACAGGUUUGGACCAGGCAAUGUCCCAGCAGGCAGAGACCCAAUAAAUGAUGGUACAAUGGGCAGGCCUAAUGUUUUAGGAGACAAGGGACCAGUUUUACCUGAGGGGAUCAAAUCUAUGUUAGCCAGUGAAAAAUUUAAUCAGUUCCUGGAGGAACAUAAAUCAAAGUUGAAUCUUGAUGAUAGGAAUAAGGAAAUGAUGCAAUGGGCUGGUGGUCCUCAGCAAGAUCUACAUGUUACAUCUCACCAGAAACCUUUUGAACUUCCAGGGAAAGCUGACCCGUCAAUGUUGGGUAGAGAGGGACAGCAAUUUGAGCAGUUCCCACUUCGAGGUGGCUCAACUGAGAAAAUGAACAGAAUCCCUGGUGAAUUAGAUUCCUCUGGGCCUGCAGGUCAAGACAUGCCCUACCCAGGAAGAGACGGAAGAUUGUUAGGUAGAUUUCCCGGUGAUGAACCAGCUGGAAGAUUCAACAUGGACAGGUUCCCUGACAGGGCUGUUGACAGGUUUGAUAGCCGCCGCCCCCCGCCAGAUGACUCAAUGCCAAGCACCAGGUACCCUCCUGACGACGAACCUGAACCGAAUAGUCUGAUUGACUCCAGGCCACCUCACAUGAGGGGAAGACCCGAUGAGAAGCCAUUCCUUCCUGAAGAACAAAAGUUUCCAGCUAGAGAUGCAGGUUUUCAGCCAGAUGAAAGGUUUCAAGAAGGAGAUAGGAAAUACCCCCCAAGAGGUUUUCCUAUGGACAACAGGUUCCCGCCAGAUGACCACCGGCGCUUUGGUCCUGAUGACAGGAGGUUCCCACUUGGCUUAGAUGGUUUCAGAUUUCCUGGUGAUGAAGGCAGGUUUCCACCCGAGGAGAGAAUGGGGAUGCACCAAGAUAGAAUGAGGCCAGAUGAAUUUAUGGGGAGAAGACCAGGAGAUAACCCAUUUGCACCUGAGGAUGUUAGGUUCAGGGAGAGGGAGGAAGAAUUGAGACAAAGAGAAUUUGAGAGAAGCCGAAGGGGACCAGAUGAUAGAUUCAUGCAUGAAGGUCGGCCAGGGUUUAGAGAUUUUGAACCUAAUGAGGGGAGGUUUUUCCACCCUGAUCGCCGCUUUCCACCUGAAAGAGGCUUUAGGGGAGAUGUGGAAGAUUUCAGAGCUCCACCUGGUUUUAUGGAUGAUAGAAAUGAAGGUCCGAGCAGAUGGGAUCGCUUUGGUGGAAACAGAGAAGGGGAUGACAAAUUCCCAAGGCCUGGGGGAAGAGCUCCAUUGCUUGAAAACCCAGACCUAACUGCUGUGAGACGUCCUGACAGAGUUGGAGGCUUAGAUUCUACUGAGGUACCAAUGGAUAUGGACCAAAGGGCAGGGAGAGACAUGGAGCCCAUGAAAGCUCAUGGCAUUGAUGCUAGGCCUGGAUUUGAAGGUAGAAGGCCAGGAUUUGAAGGGAGAGGUGGGCAUGGGUUUGAUGGAAGGGGAGGAUUUGAAGGCCGUGGAGGCCCAAGAUUUGAUGGAAGAGGGCCAGGCUUUGGAAUGGAAGGGCCAAGAGGCCUUGAUGAAGGAAGGAGACCUGGUAUGGGAUUUGAUGAAGGAUUUAGAGGACCAGGAAUGGAGGGAAUGAGAGGGAGAGGUAUGGAAGGCAUGAGAGGAAGAGGAAUAGAUGGAAAUAGAGGAAGAGGCAUAGAAGGAAGAGGUGGACAUAAUGAACCUUUACCUAAACCUGGUAUGGGUAUAAUGGAUGAAAACCGCUUUGAUUAUGCACAUGGUCCUCUGGGUCGUGGUGGACCAAUGGGUGAUGAUGAAUUUGGAACUGGGGAUUUUGACAAUAGAUUUCCAGGGCCACCUGGUAGGGGCGGCAUGUUUGAAAGACGUGGGAGAGGGGACCCCUUUAUGAGGGGCAGGCCAGGUCAUUAUGGAAGAGGACGUGGAAUGGAUAUGGAUAGGCGUCUGGAUGAGGCUGGUCAUGAGAGCAGAUUUAAUAUGGAUGUGGAUGCAAGGAAAAUUGGAGGUCGCCCAGAUGGCCCACCUCUAAGACCUUUUCCUGCAGAUCAGAAUAAAGGACCGGAUUUUAAUAUUAAGCCUGGAAGCGGGAAAGGCCUUCUGGGUGAUGCUCCCCCACCUGAAGUAAACAAAGACAAUGAAAGUAAAGCAGAACCAGAUCGAAAAGAUGCUUCUCACUCAGAAGCAUCAAAACGAGAUUAUGAUCACAGAUCAAGAAGAAGCAACGAUAGAGAUAGAAAAUCAUCAGACAGGCGCGAUCGAGAUAGAGAUGACCGCAGGUUUGAUGACAGAGACAGGUCAAGGUAUCGCUAUGAGAGGGAUCGGAGAAGGUCAAGGUCUAGAGACAGGGGCAGCCGAGAUAAAGAUGGCCGCCGUAGUCGUGAUCGACCUUCUUUUAGAGAUCAUGACUCUAAAACAAGUUCACCCAGAAGACAGGAGGCAAAGACCAGAUAUGUUCAUAUUAGAAACUUGCCACUGACUGCAAAUUAUAAAGAUGUUAGAAGAUUUUUGCAUCCAAUAGAUAUUCCAUUUGAUGGCCUUAAAGUAAUAAAUGAUGAUCAAGGACAGCGAAUAGGAGAAGCUUAUGUUCAGUUUCGACGAUUAGAUGAUGCCUCUAGAGCUCUGAGAAGAAAUGGGGAAAAGGCCAAUGGGCAAGUUGUGAGUGUAAUCAGCUGUACAGAGGCUGAAUAUGAUAAAGCUGUGGACUCUUUUGUACCAGGCAGAAGAGACACAGCAGCUUCUAUUAUUAGUCAAGAUAAAGAUAAAAUGAACUUAGCAGCAAAGAAACCAGCAAUUGAUGAUAAAAUCAGAUACAUAAUAGAAUUUAAAAACCUGCCUCUUAGUGUCACAAAGCAGGAUAUUUCUCAGUUUUUUAGGGGACUUGUUAUAGAGAAUAAUGGUGAAGCCAGCUAUAUUGAAUUUGAUGCGUCUGGACAAGCCACUGGUAAUGGCUUUGUUGAAUUCAAAAAUGACUUUGAUUAUAAAAAGGCCUUAACGCUUGAUGGAAGUGUAUUGGGAACUUCCACGGUUAGGGUUUCUCCGGGUAAAAAAGAAGAAGCAGAUGAAUUAAAAAUGAAACAACAAGAAAUGUUCCAGAGGGCAGCUCUUCGUAACCUGAGUGGUUCUAGAAUAGUCCAACAAAGCCCAUCAGGAGCAACUGGGAGGCCUGCUCUGAUGGGACCAAGACCAAACACAGCACAGCAGAAUAACCCACCCCCUCAACCCCAGACACCAACUAGCAGCAGCAGAGCCUCCACACCACAGCAGGAUCAACAGAACAUCGACACUGUUUGUGUGCACAUACAGGGACUGCCACUCCUUGCUACACCACAGGACAUCCGCGAAUUCUUCGCAGACUGUCAGAUAGCCAUGAGAGGUAUCAACAUAGCUCAUGAUGGCAGAGGAAAACCCCUGGGUGAGGGGUUUGUUGAGUUCAAAUUUAAAUCAGAUUUCGAGAAGGCAAUUAAAAAAGAUAAAACAUCUUUAGGGCGGCACAUUGUUGCCGUGAAACCUAUUGGCAAAAAAGAAAUGCUUGAUAGACUUGACAAUGCCAGGCAGAAAGGGUUGCCCUUACAGCAGUCUCCGCAGCAAAUUCAAACCCAAAGCCCUGAGGAUGUGCAGAAAGGUCAAGAGCAAACAAAUCAACCACCAGAAGCUCUGAACCCACAGGCAGGUAUUCAAACCCCACAGAACACGCCAGGUAAACCUGCAACACCCAACGCUGGCUCCCUACCCCCAGGCAACCCCGCAGCACCUGGUAACAAACCAGAAACUCCUGCGACACUUGGGAGUAAAUCUAUUCCACCGGGUGUUCUCAAUAAAAACUGGUUCUAUGUGCGCUGUCAGAACUUUCCAGCAGAUAUCUCUAUUGCAGAAAUUUUACACUUUUUCCAAGGUUUCCGCCCCAUUGGUGACUCAAUAAGACUUCAUUACUCUAGUGAAGGAAAACCAACUGGAAAUGCUGUUGUUGGCUUUGGAUCAGCAGAAGAGGCACAGAGAGCUUUACAGUGUUUAAAUCUUAACAACUGCAGACAAAAUAUCAUCACACUUUAUCCAGCUUAAGAUUAGAACCAAGUUAACAAGCUAAUCAAUACAAGGAUGCAGAUUUGGAAUUCUUUCAUGUACUAUACGUCCGGCCUGGCUGACUAUACUGCAUCAUCAUAUUGUGUAUUGGUCUAUGGAGAUAACAUACAUUUCUGGUCUGCCUAUUGCUUGUAUGUAAUUAAUACAUAGUUAAAAUAGAGAUGUACAAAUGCAGUUUUUAAACGUUUAGUAUUAAAUGCCAAGCAAGAAAGUGUAUGGCAUUGCUUUUUAAUUACACUGUGACUACUCUUGUUGUGUUUUUUUACAUUGAAAUGUUUUGAAUAGUAACAUUGUAUUCAAAGUAAUUGUGCAGAAGAAUGAUACAAUUUUUAUCACUCUCCCGUCUAUUUGUUGUAGAUACUUUCAUUUG